AUGUUUUCAGAUUCAGAUAUUAACAGUGAUGAAGAUUUUCAGUCAGACAUUGAUUCAGAUUUUGACAGUGAUAAUGAAUCAGCAGUCCCAGCAGCAUCAAAUACACCUCAUCAACGAAGAGCUCCACCAUUAUCAACUUUAAUUUCGAAUUUUAGAAACAGAAAUCAAUCACCAACUAAUAAUCCAACCACAAGUGAUGAAACAAUAGUCGAUCAAGUCAAUCAAUCAAACAAUUCAACAGUCAUUAUCAGAAACCCCCAGCAACUACAAACAGGCUAUGAAUCCGAUGAUGAUGUAUUUGGCAGUGAUUCAGAUCUCCCAGAUUUUUCCAGAGUUCUGACUUCUCGUGAAGAAAUUAUUUUAAGUACACCAGAUGAACAAGAUGAAGAUGAUCAAGAAGUAUAUGAACAAGAAGAAGAUGAAGACGUGUCUCCAGUUGUGUCUUUACCAGGUGAUAUGAUCUAUGUUGAUGGGUUUAUUGUGCACAAUAAUAGGGUCAAAAAUCCAUAUCUGGCUUCUUUUCAGAAAAAUUGUCAACCAACAUGUCGUGAAAUUGCAAAUAGAAAUCUAAGAUUGGUCAAGGUUAGUGAUUACAUAGAGUCAAGGAUAAUCAGAGUGGAACAUGAAACACUUUUCCACUAUGCUGAGUCACAAACCAUAUAUGCAAAGUAUAAAAAUGAUAGAUUUAGUUUCCUGGAAUAUAAGUCACCGAAUUCUGUGAAGAUGACUGGUGUAAAGGUUUUUAUCACAACUAGGAUUUGUGCUUUGAUUGUUUUAGGUACCCCAGAGUGGCAACAGGUUAGAAUUGCAGAGGAGGAGGAAGAAAGUGCUAGAGUGAUAAAUGACAAUAGUACAUUAAAUGAUUAUUAUGGUGGUUUGAACAUAUCUGAUAAUGACAAGAAACUUGUCGAAAUACCAUAUAAUGAAGAUAUUGUUGGAGUUGGAAAAUUUGUAUACAGAACUUUAUAUGAAAAAGCAAUUGGUUCUGCAGAGUUUAGUGCAAUCACUUCAAGAAGAUGGAUGAAAGAUCAUGAAGGAUUUGUAAAUUUCAUUAGAGAGCACAAGCCUGCAACCGUGGAUAGUUUUUGUCGUGUUUUUGGGAGAAUGUUGGACAGAAUUUGCCUUGGGAAAGAAUUUGAUAUGAUCAAUAAUGAUAUACAUGGAGAGGAGUUGAGUUUAAUUGAAAACAUUGAGGAAAAGUCUAGCACAGAUCAAGUUUCAAUAGUCAAAAAAUUAAUUGAGAAUUUCAUUCAUAAUAGGGAGUCAUUAAUUGCAGUUGUGUUUCCCUUUUUUCUUAAAAAAGACAAGACAAAUUUUUUUCUGGAGUCAGAGUGUUUAAGGAGGAUUAAUUGCUUGAAGAACAUCAGUAAAUAUGUCAAGGCAACCACAAGAGCAAAUCUUAUGGAAUAUGAACAACAAAUUCAAACCAAGUCAAUUGAAAUUCCGGGUUCCAUUCUAGCAAAUAAUCUUUUUACACGUUUAUUAGAUAACAAAUCAACUUAUGCUAGCAUCAAUGUCAUUGCUAUAGAUAAAGAUACUUGUCUGGUUGGUAAUACAAAAAUUGCUAAAAGUCAUCUCAAAGAUUUAUAUAAAGAAGCUAAGAAUAUUUUUGAAGAUGCUUGGACUAAUAUCUGUUUAUUAUGUAAAAGGAAAAUAACUCAAUCGGAUGUGUAUGGAAAGUUUAUGUUGAACCAAGAUUUUCAAUCCCAAAAAUUGUUACCUGACAUGAUAGAUUUGAUUUUUGAUGCUACACUUGUUGAAGAAAAAGACUUGGCCUUGAAGUGGAUUGAAAAAGCUACAUUGGCUCUCAUGGUGGUCAUUUAUGUUAGUUCCAUGAAUUCUUUCAGAUUGCCAGAGUUGUGUACAUUAAACUAUAAAGCUGAUAAUUUUGCCAAAAGGAAUGUGGUUUUCAUAUCAUCACAAUUAAUUAUUCAAACAUUAUACAACAAGAAUAAAAAAGAAGAUCAUCGAUUUAGGGCCUAUUCAAAAGAAGUUGGUACAAUGAUAAUUGCUUUUUUAUAUGCAAUUAGGACUUUACAUCUUUCAUUAGUGGAGCUGGAGUUAAAUACUUUUACAUCAAGGGACUUUCGUGAUGAGGUAAGUGGACGGGCAUGUUUUAAUACCUACUGUUUUGUUAGCAAUAGUGGUAGAUUAAUAAAACCAACAAAGUUCAGUUCAUUUUUGCAGUCAUUGAUUACCAGUAAGAAAAUUGGUGUUAGAAUUCUAAGACAAGCCACUUCAUAUUAUAUAAAGAAUAAUUUUUCAAGUUUGUUAAAUCAGGAUGCAGCAGAUAUUUUAGAAGGUAUACAAGGUCAUUCGACAGAAACUGGUUUAAUGCAAUAUAGUGUUGAUAAAAGGAGUAUUAUGACAUAUUUUUCAACUUAUAAAUUAACUGCCACAACUGAGCUUUUUGAGAAAUGGUGUCAAUACCUUCAACUUUCUGGUAAACCAAACUCAACUAUUUAUUCAAAGAAAACAGCAUCAAAGGAACCAGAGGAUCAAGGAGAUUUUGGAUCAUUCGACAUUAAUAGACUCGAUUCAGCAAUUUUAAGUCAGUUUCCAGAUUUCAAUUUUUCAAGCUUUCAAUAUAAAACCAUUUUACAGAUUGCAUUAUGUAAGUCAAAAUCACUUUUUGUUAUUGCUGCUACUGGUGCUGGAAAAACAUAUUGUGUAUCAUUCCCCAUGCAAUUGUUUAAAAGGAUGACAUCCAAAAAGUGGCUUCAUGUAAUAGCCGUACCAUAUUUAAGAUUGAAAGAUGAGAUGAUAAAAAGGUUUCGUAAGGACAGGUUUAAUGUGCUUGAUGGUGUUGACUACCAGAAUGUUAUUGACAGUACUGAUGUUGUUGUAUGCAGCUUUGAUUUAUUGAAGAAACAGUAUUUUGAGGAUUUUUUAUCUAUACACAAGGAAAGACUUGGGUUUGUGGUGUUGGAUGAAGCUCACUUGAUUGAAUCUGAGGGUUACAGAAAAUUAGGCUUGAUGAAAGCAUCGGUUGUUGAUUUAUUUCGGAAACAGAUAUUUAUGACAGCUACUCCAUUACCAACAACAAUUGGAUGCUUGGAGGAUCAAUUUAAACUUAAGUUUCAAGUAAUUAACGGGAUAAGUGAUGUUUGCGAUAAAGGAGUAAUUCAUGAAUUUAUAGAGGUCAAUACAAAAGAUUUAGCUGCAAAAACUAUUCAAAGAAUAAAAUCAGUUUUGGAUCAUAAAGAGGAAUCAAUAUGUUUAGUUUACUUCAAUACUUUAAAUUCCCUUAAAUCAUUUUUGGACAUAUUAUUGCUCAAUUUCAAUGAAAAUUUGGUAGGUUUGAUUGUGGGAGAAGCUGCUUCAUGUGAAUUUAAUACUCAGUUUUUAAUGCUUGAUGGGAAGAGAAUUAUUUUGGGAACCAAGUGUUUAACUGUUGGAUUGAACAAUUCUAAUUACUACCAGGUUAUUUAUUAUAAUUCAUUGAUCCAUAUUGGUGACUAUAUUCAAUGCACAGGACGCUUAAGAAACAACGGGCUUUCAACUACCUACUUCACAAAAGAUCUGAAAGAUUAUUACAACAACAACAAGAAAAAUGAAAAUAAUAAAUUCAAUCCACAAGAAUCUGUGUUUAAACGGAUUGCUGAUUUUUAUCGAUUACUGGAUGAUUUUGCUAUUAGUCAUGAAGUCAACAAUGAAAAAUUAAUUGGAGAAAAUCAAAUAUACAAGAAAAUUGUUGAGGAUUUGUCUUAUCAGCCUAUUUUGAAAAUACCAGUCAGGGAAAUGAUACACAUUAGUGGUAAAAUUAGAGAAAAACAGCUGGGGAUAAAUCGUUUAUGGGAUAUUUGCAAACCUUCAAGUAAAUUUAAUAAAGAGUUUGACCAAAAUGAAGAGUUUUUGAAGGGAGUAAUUAAAAUUUUUAGAUCAUACAAGGAAUCUUUAGGUGGUGUUCAUAGUGAUGAAUCAGAUACUUGUGAGAAAUGCUAUUUAAAAACGGCAGCAUGUAAUGGGUGCAACUUUUCAACUACUUUUGAGAAAAUUUUGAGUAUAAAGCUAAUGCUAAAUGAAGUUAAUAUCAGAAAUGUGCAGGAGAUUCUAACUGAAAGGUCAUUUGAGAAAUAUUUAAAAACUGGUGACAUCACAUUUAAUAAGUUGAAAAGGUACAAGCAAAUGAUUAAAAAUGGUAGUGGUUAUAGGAUAUCUGAGAUAAAUCAAACACUGGAUGAAGGAUUUGAAACAUAUGUAAAAGUUUUGUCAUAUUUACUGGAGAUAAAACUUAUGCCUUUAUAUAUAUUAAAACAUUUGAAAAAUGAUAUAGCUCCACCUUCAAAAUUAAAUCCAAGAGAACAUAUUAUACAAUGUGGAACUAUGUAUGGUCUUCCUAAAUGGGCUUGUACUGUGAGUGCUGUUGGUAUGAUUCAUUUUCUGAAGUUUUCUUUUGGCUGUGAAAAUUGUGGUAUUAAACAUGAAGGAGAUUGUGCUUAUGAGUAUACUAGAGAGCUUUUUUAUGUUUUGUUUUUCUCAAAGGUGGCUAAAGAUUAUGAGGCUAAUGACGAUAACAUUAUUUUUUUCCAACAUUGGCUAGAAAUGAUUUCUACUUGUAGUCGUGAUGAUGGAUGGUAUGGUCAUAUUCACUUCAUUUCAAAAUUACAAUUUAGUUGCAAUAUACUUCCAAAUAGGUGUAAGAGAAGAUUAAGUUUUUAG